CCAGCAGGCCAGCGCCGCCAUGGCGUCCGAGUGGAUCCGGCCUUUGAUUGUAGUGCAGCUGCUGUUCGGCCCAGCCCCUGUGCGCAGCGGCGGCCUUUUACCCUUGGUCCUCAACACCUGGCCUUUUAAGAAUGCAACCGAAGCAGCAUGGAGGACCCUGGCCUCUGGUGGCUCCGCUCUGGAUGCAGUGGAGAGCGGCUGUGGUGAGUGCGAGAAGGAACAGUGUGAUGGCACUGUGGGCUUUGGAGGAAGUCCCGAUGAACGCGGAGAAACCACCCUGGACGCCAUGAUCAUGGAUGGCACUGCUAUGAACAUAGGAGCAGUAGGCGAUCUCAGACGAAUUAAAAAUGCGAUUGGUGUGGCACGGAAAGUCCUCGAGCAUACAACACACACAUUUUUAGUAGGAGAAUCAGCUACCAAGUUUGCGGAAAGUAUGGGAUUUGUCAAUGAGGAUUUAUCUACCAGUGUUUCUCGAGCCCUUCAUUCAGACUGGCAUGCCCGGAACUGCCAGCCAAACUACUGGAAGAAUGUUAUACCAGAUCCUUCAAAAUCCUGUGGACCCUACAAGCCAUCUAGGAUCUCCAAGCAGGAGGCUUUCGCCUGUAAAGAUCCAGCAGCUGACUGUGGUCAUGAUACAAUUGGCAUGGUUGUAAUCCAUAAGAAGGGAUACACUGCUGCUGGUACAUCUACUAAUGGUAUAAAAUUCAAAAUACCAGGUCGUGUAGGAGAUUCCCCAAUACCCGGAGCAGGGGCCUACGCUGAUGAUACUGCUGGAGCAGCUGCAGCCACUGGGGAUGGAGACAUAUUAAUGCGCUUUCUGCCAAGCUACCAAGCUGUAGAAUAUAUGAGAAGAGGAGAAGAUCCAACCACAGCUUGUCAGAAAGUGAUUUCAAGAAUCCAGAAACAUUUUCCUAAAUUCUUUGGGGCUGUUAUCUGUGCCAAUGUGACUGGAAGCUAUGGUGCUGCAUGCAAUAAACUUCCAACAUUUGCACAGUUUCAUUUCAUGGUUUAUAAUCCUCUAAAAAAUCAUCCAGCUGAGGAAAAAGUAGACUGCAUCUAAUCCAUCUUUUCUGUCAACAUCUAUAUUUAAAGAAGAAGGAAACAAAGGCUGAAAAGGUUACUCACUAUCCCUGUAUUGCAUUCCUCACAUAUUCUCUUUGUAUAAAAUAAGCACAAAUUCUUGCUGAAAUAGCACUUGUUCAGUGUCUGAAACUUUUGCUAUCUGUUUUUAUUUAAGCAUCAUAUAUUUCAGGACAAAGAGUAUAUGUAUAUAUUUUGUGUAUGUUUAAAUUUUAAGUAAUAUUUAGAUUUCUGACCAAGAGUGCAAGAAAUUGUUACUUCAAGGAUUUUUCUGCACAGUGAUAUUAAGGCCAAAAAUAAAUCAUGUAUAUUUGGAUAAUGAAAAUAACUAAAGUGUGUGAGGUUUUUGGACCCAAAGGAAAAAGCAACAGUAAGUCUCAGAGUUUUGGUACUAAUGGAAUUUCAGUAUGUUAAAGUGACAUGUUUCUUCUAACUGAUUAUUUAUUUUACCUAAUAGCUUGAAGAAGAAUGUUAUUAAUACAGAUGCUUUUUGAUUUCCAUAUAUUAAAAAAUGCAAAAAAUCUUCUAAUAGAUAAAUGUGUUUUGUUAUUUUCUCCCCUCUUAGGAAGCUUUUAAGUUCUCAGUGUAUAAAGGAACUUAAGCUGUAAAUGUCACUGAUCUUUCAGUUCGAGAUAUUUAUUAUGGAUCUCUCCUUUUGGAAAUGAUUUUGGGGAACUUACACUGCAGUCUCAUUGAGUUCUUGUUCAGAGAGAUAAGAUUUGUAUUUUGAAAUAAAUCAAUCAGUUGUAGCUCAGCUCGGCAUUCCUGCCCCCACCUUCUGAGCCUGCUGAAUGACUGACAGCUACCGGGAGGGUGGACAGGUGCUUUGUCAGCAUCAUCCUUUCCUUUCCAAUCAUCUUUUUAAAUAGGAGUCAACAGUACAACUACAUACAGUAUUGUCCAACAUUAGGAUUGUGCUGUAUUCUUUAUUACAAACGUUGUAGUGUGUGAUUUGGGAAGGGGGAAGAGUGGAAAAGAGUAGUGAACAGGGGCAGGACUGGUGGCCAGUUAGGGGAGAGAGCUCUAGUUUCUGGAAUGGUAGAGGUCACUUGUCAGAACUGGCUACGGGUCUAAGUUUCCCAGGGAGCCUCUUUAAAGAUUCCUUCUGCUCUCUAUCCCUAAUCAGAUUGUAUGCAUGAGUCCGAAAUCUGCAAUUAGCAAAUAAUGCUGAUAACGGUUUGACAGCUGAUCAGGAAACACUCCCAGAACUUCACAGAGGGUAAAACAAGA